CAGCAGUCCACCCAGAGGGGCCUUCGGACUUAGCUGUCCUAUCGACUGUUCCGGUUCCGGCGGAGGCCCAAACUGUAUUCACUGAGGCCAUUAACCAUCCCCUGUCAGAAUUAAGGUCCGACUUAUUGGACAAACUCAUUCAGACGGUUGGUGGCCUUCUUUUUUACACUCCAACGGAAUCACCAGCCGUCCCCAUUCUGCAUCGGCUGAUGGAAAGACUUACAGAGCUCAAGACUGAAGUGUUAGUCAUUGGACUCCUGUCAGCCGAAACCCCCCAGCCCGACUUCGAUCAAACAACGCUGGAGAAUUCUUUGGCUAAGACCCGAGAAUCCCUUCAGCAGACUACUGGAAGGCUGGAUGGUCUCCUUAGCACGAAAGCUCAAGUUGAUGAAGCUAUUCAGAAAAAGGAGGCAGAAUUGCGGGAGCUAAGGAAAGAACAGUCUACCCUGGAUAAGCAAAUUAUCAAUGAACAGCGUCUGCUUGAGAAAUAUACAAAGAAUGAGGCUGAAUUGGAUCAAGAGCUGAAAACCCAAGCCCGAUCCCAAUUCAUCAUAAGAUAUCAGACGGCUGCCAAUACCAGAAGGCUAUCCAGGGACGAAAUCAAAUGGACCCAUAUAAAAACUGCCCUAGGGGCACUGUUGUAAUACUUCCCCUUCUGUAACAUCAAUUGACUUAGUAAUCCAUUUUUUCUUUCUUCUCUCAAAACAAGGAUCACCUUUCAAUUUCCAAUUUUGUAGGAAUCGCCACAAACUCUUUCGUUAAAAGAA